UAAGAGGAGCUACAGAGGAAGACUUCGCCCUCUCUUCUUGAUCACAGACGGACUGAGCGGUUUCCUGUAGGACUUUAACAACUGGCAAUUUACCCUUCUUAUUCCUACACCUCAAGACCAUCAGCAGCUUUACCGUCCAACACGACCAUCCAUCCAUCCAUCCAUCCAUCCAUCGUCAACCGCUUAUCCUGCGUACAGGGUUGCGGGGGCUGGAGCCAAUCCCAGCUGACAUCGGGCAAAAGGCGGCAUACAUCCUGUGCAGGGCCCCAACACGACCAGCUGAGUUUUGGAGCAGCAUUUUGAAAUCACAACAGCUUGUGGUUUGACUUCUGCAAAGUUCAACCUUGAGCCUCAUCUUGACAUUUGCUGCCCAUCAUCAUCAUCUGAAACUCUCUAAUAGGAUGUGAUAUUCUCUGGGGGGAGUCAAUAACAAGUUAAUAUAUGAAUGACGGUGAUUUUUCUCAUUAUUAGUCUCAGGACUGUCAAUAGGAGAAAUUAAUAGUUAAUAAUAGUCAAUAGGAGAGUUUAUUAUACCAUUCACUGCCAGAGCAGCUGCUGUUCGAUUAUAGACUACAACAAUAAUAACUGUCACAGUAGAAUUAUUUUAAGUAAGUUUUUGUAUAUUUCAAUAAAUGCAGAUUCAGACCCAAUAGCACUUCAGUCCAACAGAAGCAGACGGAAAAAAUUCUGUGACCACAAAGACUCUCAGUAGAAAUAUCUCUCCAGAACGCUGUCCUGGUUCCAACUAAUUAUUACUUUUAUUUAGACAUAAUUUCUUCUCUUCACCACAAUGCUAUCUCUAUUUCAGUCAGGUUCAAAGUCAGUUCCACCAUCACGGCUCGCUGAUGCUGUCAAACAAAAAAGCAUUCUGCUAAAAGCCCAGUCAGGUCCUCUGUCUGUUUAUAAAAUCCACCUGAAAGAUGAACAUAUCAAGGUCUUUGGCUGCAGGAGUUUCAGUUUUGGGAAAGAGUCCACUAAACGUAAUCGCACCAUCAUGGUUCUGGGAGCAACUGGAGCUGGGAAGUCAACUCUCAUCAAUGGGAUGAUUAAUUACAUUCUAGGUGUCGAAUGGGAGGAUUCAUAUCGGUUUAAGUUAGUUGAUGAGGAUCAGUCCAAAUCACAAGCUGAAAGCCAGACUUCUGAAGUCACUGUGUACAAAAUCAACCACCAGGAGGGUUUUAAAACAGAAUACUCUCUGACCAUUGUUGACACUCCAGGGUUUGGAGAUACAAGAGGCAUAGAAAGAGACAGACAGAUCACAGAACAGUUGCGUAAUCUCUUCUCUGCUAAGCUUGGUGUCAGUGAAAUUGACGCUGUGUGUUUUGUAGCUCAGGCUUCUUUAGCUCGACUCACGCCAACACAGAAAUAUGUGUUUGACUCCAUACUCUCAAUCUUUGGCAAAGAUGUGGCAGAAAACAUCAGGGUUCUGGUGACAUUCGCAGACGGCCAGCGUCCACCAGUUCUAGAGGGAAUCAAUGCUUCAGGUGUCCCAUGUCCUAAAACAAGAGACGGGCUGCCAGUUCACUUCAAAUUCAAUAACUCAGCUUUGUUUGCAGACAGCAAAUCAUCUGCAGCAGGCAGCAUGAGUGGGGAUGAUGAGGAUGAAGAUGGAGGCUUUGAUCAGAUGUUUUGGAACAUGGGGACAAAAAGCAUGAAGAGGUUCUUUGCUGCUUUGAAUCUCAUAGAAACCAAAAGCUUGACAUUGACGAAGCAGGUCCUCAGAGAAAGACAGCAGCUCGAGAAUUCAGUUGAAAACUUGCAGGAGCAGGUUAAAGUUCAGUUAGCCAAGCUGGAGGAGAUAAAAGAGACAAGUGAAAUACUAAAAGAGCACGAGGCAGAGAUCAGCAGAAACGAGAACUUUGAGUUUGAAGUCACUGUCAAAAAGCCUUUUCAAGAAGAUAUUUCUGGUACUGGAAAUUACAUCACCAACUGUCAGCAGUGUCAUGUCACCUGUCACUAUCCCUGUGCAAUUCCCAGUGAUGCAGAUAAAAGAGGAUGUGCUGCAAUGGGAUCAGAUGGAUACUGUACUCAGUGUCCAGGCAAAUGUUUCUGGAGUGACCAUUUUAAUCAGAAGUACAGUUGGCAGUAUAAGGAAGUAAAAGAAAAACGAACAGUAAAUGAGCUGAAAGAAAAGUACCUGAAAGCCUCAGAGGCUAAGAGACCUUUUGAGGCAUUGAUUGAAAAACUUAAGGCUGAAUGCGAUCAUGUGGAAACUGAGGUGGUGAAACUGAUAAAGAAGUCUUCUGAGUGUUUAAACAGACUUAAAGAGAUAGCACUGAAGCCAAAUCCUCUCUCCACUCCAGAGUACAUUGACAUGCUGAUUGAGGGAGAGAAAUCUGAGGCCAAGCCAGGCUGGAAGAAACGAGUUGAGUCCCUGAUAACCAUGAGAGAAAAGGCUGAGUACAUGGCUAAAAUAGAAAGAGGAGAGAAACUCUUCUAGAGUCCAUAGUGAUCAGGAAUAUUUUUUGUCUAUUUAGGAGAUCCAUUCUGAUACUGAUAAUAAAGAACAUAACCGGAAAGAGACUGAUGCACUGAAACUGAGAGACUUCAAAUAAUAGGACCAAGAAAAGCUCAAGUAGAAAUGUGUUCGAGAUAAAGAGAAGGAGUUAUCUGCAGGAGCUGCUACCAAAAAGGAAAUCACAGAUUUGCCGUGUGUGCUGAUAAAUGUUUAAGUGUGACAACAUUUUCUAACUUUCUGACACCAUUAACACCAGUGUAACAAUUUAGGUCUGCAGCUCUAUUAACUUUAUUAGAUCUUUGUAAAUAGCAAUAUCAGCUUCUUGCUUCAUUUUAAAACAAAAUCAGUCUGCUCUUCAAUUUAUUCUCUUUGAGAUUUGAUGAUUUGUGAUGACAAUGUUAAUGACUUAUAAGGAUUAUGUUGAUGUGUAGUGAUUUACAUUUAAUUGUCCUGUAGUAAUUAGCCGGCUCCAACUGAAUGAUGGAGAAAAUAUGAAAUAAUAAUAAAUUUAAAUAAUCUGAAAUGUA